AUGAGCUCUCUCCGCUUCGCUCGCUCUGCUCUCAGGGCUCGUCCCUCUGCUUUCCGCGUUCCUCUUCAGCGCAGAGGUUACGCCGAGGCUGUUAACGACAAGAUCAAGCUUUCCUUGACCCUGCCUCACCAGACUAUAUUCAAGUCCACUGGCGUUGUCCAGGUCAACAUCCCUGCUGAGUCCGGAGAGAUGGGUGUCCUCGCCAACCACGUCCCCUCCAUCGAGCAGCUUAAGCCCGGUCUCGUCGAGGUUGUUGAGGAGGGUGGUGCCAGCAAGAAGUUCUUCCUUUCCGGUGGCUUCGCCGUUGUGCAGCCUGACUCCCAGUUGAGCAUCAACGCCGUCGAGGGUUACCCCCUUGAGGACUUCAGCGCUGAGGCUGUCCGCUCCCAGAUCGCCGAGGCCCAGAAGAUUGCCAGCGGCAGCGGCAGCGAGCAGGAUAUUGCCGAGGCUAAGAUCGAGCUUGAGGUUCUCGAGACCCUCCAAGCCCACCUUAAAUAG